ACUUUGCAAAGUUGACAAGACUUUUCAUCAGCGUGGUCACCGGAUAUUUCGAGUGCAGAAAGUUUUUCGGAGGAAAACUAAUUUCGAUAAUAUUUUGGGGAAAAGAAGAAAAUUCCUCAAAAGGCGAUUCUUGAUGUUGACUUCCUGAUGUGGAUUUGUGAUUUUCGUUUACAGAGAGAAUAAUUUCACACGAUGUCUGCAAGUGCUAUCAUCGGCGGCUUCGCCUCGUGGUCCAAGCUCGUCUCCUCCAAUGACGACGACUGGGCGGACAGGGUGAACCAUGUGUACACCGUCCUCCUACUCGCGCUCUUCGCCAUCUUCAUCAGCGGCGGGCAGUACGUGGGCAACCCCAUAGAAUGCUGGACGCCUGCGCACUUCACGGGCGCCUUCGUAGCAUACACGAAAUCCUUCUGCUGGGUGAAGAACACCUACUACAUCCCCAUGGAGGACAGCAUCCCCAUCGAGCACCACAAGCGAGACUCGGAGGAGCUGACCUACUACCAGUGGGUGCCCAUCAUCCUGCUCUUCAUGGCUUUCCUCUUCAAGGCUCCGUCCGUGCUGUGGAAGCUCUUCAACGGCAGCUCCGGCAUCAAUCUCGAUAAGAUAGUGAAUAUGACGAUGGAGACUCAGCUUGGGUCCGCGACGAAGCGGGAGGAGACGAUCAAACACAUCGCGGCCUACAUAGACAGGUGGCUGGAGGCGCACAGACAGUACUCGUUCAACAUCCUUGUCCGGGUCAGACAGAGACUGUCCAAAGUCUGCUGCUUCAUGUGCGCCAAGCGCGACGGGACCUACCUGACGGGGCUCUACAUCUUCGUCAAGCUCAUGUACGUCGUCAACGUCAUCUGCCAGUUCUUCAUCCUCAACGGAUUCAUGGGUAACUGGUACAACCUGUACGGCCUAGAGGUGAUCGACGGUCUGUCCCGUGACGUAGCGUGGAGGGAGUCGAAGCGGUUCCCGAAGAUCACCAUGUGCGACUUCGACAUUCGCCAGCUGCAGAACAUACAGAGGUACACCGUGCAGUGCGUGCUUCCCAUCAACCUCUUCAACGAGAAGAUCUUCAUCUUCCUCUGGUUCUGGUUCGUCUUCGUUUCCGUGGUUACCGUGGGCAAUUUCUUCUUCUGGAUCUGGCGCGCCCUAUUCCGGGUGAACCGUGUGCGUUACGUGAAGAAGUACCUGAAGAUGAUGGACGAGAUACGAGGGGAGGAGGACAAGAGGUUUGCGGUCAAGUUUUCCAACCAGUAUCUGCGGGACGACGGGAUCUUCGUCCUCCGUCUGAUCGCCAAGAACUCGAACGACAUUCUCCUCUCUGACUUGAUGCGUCAGUUGUGGGUCACAUACAAGAACAAACCGAUGAUUAGAAAGUCCAUGGAGGACGAUUACAACGAAUCAGCGGCCUAGAAAGAUGCUUUGAUAGAUUUGAAUGAGCCAAUCAGAGGGUGUUUUUUGUGCGACAGAUUUGAAUGAGCCAAUCAGAGGGCCAUUUGUGUAACAGAAUUGAAUGAAAGACCGCGUUUGUGACAUAGGUGAUCUCUGCCCAAUCAAAUAACUGAUAACAUUUUGUUGUUGUUGUUUUAAUUGAAAUGUGUGUAACCUAAGUCGACUGUAAAACUAGUUGUUUGUUGGUAUGGUGCUUGGGACGUGAUGUUUAUUUUUAUUUGUAAAAGAUGCGACCGACUUUUACACACACACACACACACACACACACACACACACUAGUGAGUGUUCAUUUUAGUGUGUAGGCGAGGUGUUGCAAUGUGGAAGUUAUACUGAAGUCAUUCUGGUUUCGACAAGUCCAUCGACCAUUCAUAACGAAUCACAAAACAACAUAUAACCAGAAUUAUGCAUCUUCACCGUUACAAGUUCGUGAGGUUUCGAAAUGAACGUCAGUUUUUAGCCAUUGCGGUUUGCGCGUGCAAGCCGCGAGAUCACAUGGUAUGGAUAUUGAGGAUGUAGAUUUGUAAUACAGAGCAAAUGAACCAUAACGAGGGCUGGCAACCGUAAUAUCUAUUAUUUUCACUGUUUGUGAAAAUGAGUCGUCGACUAUGACAUACCUUUCUUUUUUAAAGGAUUUUCUUUUCUUCUUUUGUUUUGUAAUUUCAUUUUCUUCCCAUAUUGGCUGGCUGGGUCGGUGUGGGUGUGGGGGUGAGUUGCAUGGAUAAAGUAGAAGUGAUAUAAAGCUAUAUAAUUUGAAAAAAAAUGAAUGUUUAGAUUGUUUUUCGUUUCUGAUUUUUCUGAAUUUCAAAAUCACGACUUAGUACACAUUCAUUUCUGGUUGUUAGCCUUCGAAAAUGUCGAUGCUAAAUUGUUUUAUCCUGGUACUGAAGUACUGAAGUACUGAAGUACCAGGUCUGCUUUUGGUAUACUCUUUUAAUAAUUUAAUAUUUAGGGUUUUUUAAUCAAUAUAUCUUUUUUAUUUCCCUACCUUGUACAGUUAAUCGGAGUGUUGGUAUAAGUUUAACAGGUUUCAGCGCUAAUUGCGAACUAUAGAUUGGAGAUCACCUGAGUUCACAUGUUUCGAAGAAAGUAUUUCAUUUUGGAGGAAACCGGACACAAUGGUUUAUUAUGAAACUUUGCUUAAAUAUAUCAAAUUUUAUAUUAAAAGUUCGUCUUCCAUUCCAAUUGCUGCCUUAUGCUUAAAUUUAUUCUUUUCUUUUUAACAUUGUAUUGCAUCAUAGCUAUGCAUAUCAUUAUUAUGAUUGUAAAAAUUAUAAGAACGGACCGUGGAAUUUGAAAGGAAACAUAAAAUAGACAGGCCACGACCUUAGUGGUAUCCCGGGAUAUUUAACUACCGGAGUUCAUUUAAGAUUACAAGGGUUCUGAUUCACAAAUCUCUCUUAAGCUCGUUUAAGCUGUAUCCUAACCGGCCGCGAGCGAUGGCGAGCGAUUAUUUUAUUUAAUUACCACAUAGGUCAACCGUUUAUUUCUGUUGCCGUAUCCUAACCGGCCGCGAGCGAUUAUUUUAUUUAAAUACCACAGAGGUCAACCGUUUAUUUCUGUUGCCGUAUCCUAACUGGACGCGUGCGACGAGAUAUGCUUAUCCGUCGCGACGUACGCGUACGGUUAGGAUACUGUGAUUGAAAUCAAUGAUUUCUAAAAUUAUCACUAGCGUUGCUUGCUGUUGGUUAGGAUGCAUCGUUCUUACAAGUAUUUUUGUAUUGCACACCAAGAUCGGAAAGAUUCGACAGUUUAGUGGAUUAGACCCCAGAUUCCCACAACCGGUAGCCUGUCGGGCUACAUCAGUUUGUUCCCUCCUGCAAAGUAGUUCUACAAUCAAAGCGAAUGCUAAAUGUUUACGUUUAAAAUGGUACAAAAUGUUUUGCACACAGAAAUUUGAAACAAAAAAGGUAAUGCUAAAGAUGGCCCAACAUUAUGGCCAAUCACAUACAUAGAUAGUGUAUCAGAAAAGAGUGACAACCUACCUGCUAAAGCGUCCCCUGUUUUAACCAUAGUUAUAUAUAUAUUUUUUUGUUUUUUAAUUCCAUACUGAAAACGCAUAAUGCUACUGAUUAUUAGAUAUUUUAAAUACCACAACUUCGAUUAUCAAAACACUUUGUUUGGUAAUGAUUCCAGAAUGAAAAUAAGUCAUAUAUUUAUUUGCAGUUUAUCGAUGGCCAGUUUUAGAUAUUUAACACUGAUGUAUUUUAUUUUAUGAUGCAAUGUUUCCGCUUAUAUUGCAUGCUUGUGUUUUCUGUCAAUAUUAUACAGCCUUAUUUACGUAACGUUAUUUGGUUUGAAUUUCAUAUUGUGAAAUGAUGUGUUUUUUGGUGUUGAGUUUAAUCCGCUAUCAGUUAGUUUAGUUAACUUGUCCGUUGUAGGAUACAUUCCUUAUUUACGUAUUCAUCUUAGGAAAUGUUCAUUUCAAGCUGAUAUAAUACAUGUAUAUAUUUGAAAUGAAACGAUAGCGAAAAAUACAUUGAAUCAAACUAUUUUAAUUACCCACGGGGUUUAUUGCAAUGUAUGCUUACUAAUCAAAAUAUAUGUGUGGUGCGUCAUUUAAUGUUAUAUUUAAGUGUUCUUAUUGAUAGACGGGGCUGCACAAAGAGUGGUAUUGGGCGUGCAAGAAAAUACGAAAACGUGUCCCUUUUAUUUUAAAUGUGCCUUUUAGGUCUCGCUACACCAAGUAACAUCGAGCAUGGUCAAAAGGUUGAUACUUUCGUGACCGUAUAAAUUCGACCACUGGUUGAUAUAUUGCAUGCAUCACCUUUUACCCACACAUCUUAACACUGUCACCUAUGCGAUUGCAUUUGGUAUAGUCCAACCUGGCUAAGAUGCUAAGACAUUAUUGUCCCUUGAGCCUUUUUACUGCUCCCCCCCCCCAUCAAUACCCCCCCCCCCCCCCCCCCCCCCCCCCCCCCCCCCCCCCAGUUAUUUUACGCUAGACACAUCUGGUAGAUUUAUUUUGUAAUCAGAUACUUGAAAUUGUUUCAUGUCUGUGCACGUGCUAGUCAUGUUGUCUUCCAAUAUACAUAUGUGCCUUUCAUAAAUGAUAGAGAUAGGGAGGGAUCAGGGGCGGAGAAGUUGCACCCAGACGCGAGUGCAGGAAAUAUAGCAGGACGCGAUCUAAACUAGUCAGCGAGCGAAUUUUAUAGGGGGUCGAGUCAAGACAAUUUACUUGAGCAGGGAAUGGUUUCGACCCUCGACCCCCCCCCCCCCCCCACACGCUCCUGAUCCCAUCAAAAUAAUAAAACUAGUGCCUUUUUAUAUAUUAAUGUGCCUUGAUGCGUUGUUUCCUUCUUGCCCCACCCUUAGUUAUUUUCGGUUACGGCCCUGAUAGUACUACUAGACAUUCCAAAACAAGUUUACAUGUGUGAAUGGCUAAAACAAACAAUUGUUAUCUGUGCGAACACUGAGGGAUUCAGUUUGUUAGCGUUGGGAUGUACCGCCAUUCAUAACUCAAUUGUGAGACCAUCACUUUGAUCCUGGUACGUUCUGGGUUCGCGUCCGGUGACCGGCUCCAACAUCCCCACCCCCCUUUUUUGUUUUUGUUUUUACAUUACAAAGGUCAUGCCCCCAACUUCUGCCUUGAUUGGUAGCUUCACGGCGAUGACCUGGAUGUAAAAGCUAUUUCAACCAAUGAAAUUAAUAGUAAUGAAAAUGGUGUCUUUAUGACGGAUAUGUUAAUUGCAAAUGCGAAUGCUUCGUAAAUAAGUUAUGGUUAAAAAAGUUAUUUAAAUUGCUUUUAAAUAUUUCUUUCUUUUUUUCUUUUGAGGAUGAUUAAGAAUAGAAUGCCACACAGGUGUCCAUUUCAUGUCAUUUAUUUUACAAUUGGUUUAAAAAAGUAUUUCGCUCAUUUGAUACGUUUUCAAACAGUUCGUUGUACGAUGAAUGGUAUCUACUGACCGCUCAUGUAGUACACGUAUCUAUAUGUCUGAUAUUUUUGUAUUUAAUUAUAUAUCUGCGACAAUCGGUACUACGAUUUUCAAUGUUGACUGUUAGAAUUGUACAGACAAAUACAUGCACUCCAAUUGGACCCAUCGAUAUUUGUUCAAGGACAGUAAUUAAUCAAUUAAAGAAUUGUAUAAUUUUACUCAAUUCUGUAGGUUAUUAUGUAGAUAAUAUUAUGUAAAUAAAUGUGUAUUAUGCCAGAAAUUAGUUGUGAUAUAUAAAGCCAUACUUGACACAUCGAAACUUGGACAUUUAAAUUAUGGUGAUAGGAUCAUAUUUGAUGUUGACAUUUGUAAAGUUCCUACGUUUGUAUCGUUCGAUUUUGUACUAUAUAAAUAACGAAAAGUGCCGAAAAUAUCUAUUGACCUUCAGCUAAUUGUGUUGAGUGUUGGCGUCCAGUUAUGUUUUCUCCUUCGACGUCAUUCUUUAAAAUUCCUUCGCCAUUUUGUAUAAUGUAGGUCACGUUCAAAUGUUGUCUUCGCCAUUUUGUAUAAUGUAGGUCACGUUCAAAUGUUGUCUUCGCCAUAUUGACCCUCGAAGACAGAUUGCGUUGGUAAUAUGUGACGCCAUCGACUGAAGUGGUAUAAGCAGUGACCUACUUAGAUAUAAGCAGUGACCUACUUAGGUAUAAGCAGUGAUCUACUUAGGUAUACUUACGCUACAAAAUCACGCCUGGAUAAACUUUUGUUUUUGAUGCUGUAAUUGGUUGAUUUUUGUUUGCCAUUAGUAAACUAUGAUAAACUUCAAAUGACAAGGAUACGCGAGUGUGGUUCUAGACAUAGAGUAAGCAUACUAUGAUAAACUUCAAAUGACAAGGAUACGCGAGUGUGGUUCUAGACAUAGAGUAAGCAUACUAUGAUAAACUUCAAAUGACAAGGAUACGCGAGUGUGGUUCUAGACAUAGAGUAAGCAUACUAUGAUAAACUUCAAAUGACAAGGAUACGCGAGUGUGGUUCUAGACAUAGAGUAAGCAUACUAUGAUGAUGUUUUUUGCCUCCUUUUUUAUGAUUGGAAUUUAUUUAUAUUUUUGUUUCGUAUAACUGUCCUAGUGACCCAUCCAUUCAGUGCUUUUAUACUGACGUAUUAAUAAUGAUGUUUUGAAAUAUGUGUACAUUCCGGCUGUCUCUUUACAAUUUUACUAUGACACUUGAUUGACAUAUGUGCAUAUAGUAAUGCCAAAAUGAAAAAAAGAAAAAAGAAAGAAAAUAUGUACGUGAAAUAUGAAGAAAAGCCCACCUUACCAACAUUUUCUUACAUUGUUAAAGCUGAUUUGUGUAUUGUUGGCUACACAUGAUAGCUAUAAUUGUUGAAUAGGAUGCCAAGUUAACCGAAUGGUGUGCCCAGGACAGCGUACUUGAGCAUUAGUUGUAUAGAAGCUAGAAUAUAUGAUAAAUAAAUAUAGUCUGACGGGCCUGUAACAUUCUGUGAAAGCAAACACUUUGCUAGAAGAAAAAAAGAAAAGAAAAGAAAAAGAAAGAAAGAUAAAGAAAUAGUAAAACUAUCUUCAUGUUUUUCAUUCAUUUGUUGAUGAUGGUUGUUUAGUGUAGGUUGUAGAGAACCUCGAAAAUGUCUCUUUCUUCCUAUUGCCUUUUUUUUUUAACAGAUGCUUAAUUUAUAUCAGAUGUUACGUUUUAAACGAUUUCUUGUGUGUCUUUCAAAUUCACAAUAUGAUACUAUAAAAUGACACUGACAAUAAGCAAAUAACAAACAAAGUAAAUAAGUUAUAUUAUAAAAUGAUAGAGUAUCUACAAUCUGGUAUCUACAAUUAAUAUUUUGUUGUUCCCAUAUUUUAAAAUGUAUUUAGAUACUAAAAUUGAAAUUAAAGCAGGUACUAUGUAUUAUUUUUCCCCAACUUUUUUAAUUUUAAUAUUUUUUUUUUUUUUUUUUUUUAAUAAAGUCUCGCCCCAUGUCAGUGCUAUUUUAUAGUGUUGUUAAGUGUAUUUUAACAAUGAACGUAUCUUCAUGUAAUCAUCAAAAGGCGUCACGUCAUUUCAUUAUCAUCACGUGAUGUCGAAAUAUAUUUGAUCACUUCAUGCUUCCUUUGCGCAUGCCUUAAAGGUGUAUAGCUUGUUGGCGUGAAGUAAGUGAUGUGUUCUAAAAGUUUGGUAAACAGUUCUUGUAACACUCCGUACAAAUACAUUGCGGGGUUGGGUGGGGUGGGGGUUACUAGGGAUGUGUGUGUGUGUGGGGGGGGGGGGGAUUUUGUGAUUUAAAUUUUAUUUAUUUAUUUAUUUAUUUUUGCUGCAUGUUUUCAUGAUUCUGCUUAUUUUUUUUAAUGAUUUUUUUUUUUUUGGGGGGUGGGGGGGGGGUCGGGGCGAUUCUGCAGGUGGAGAAGUGGGUUUUUCUUCUUCCAUUUUUUUUUUUCGAAUUAACAAACCAUACUAUUUUAGACUGCCUCAGGUCAGGUCAGGUCAUAGGGUUUGACGUGCACAUUCAGAACAAGCUGUUGUAGCGCACGCCUGUCAUGGGCACAGGAGGAAAGGUGGGGAGGGAAAAGGAGGGACCGCCUGCACUGGCGGGUGCAAGGGAGCACCAGCAGUCCGAUCAAGAUCAGUAGCAGGCGGGGGUAGACUGCCUCCAUCUCUCGUAGCUUUUAAAUCACUAACCUGCCCAAACUUAAAUCUCACACCAGAGUUUAGUUUUCUAGACUGACAGGGUCAAAAUUACGAAGCCUGGUUUUGUAACACAUGUAUCUUUAGCAUUGCCAUUAUACAUAGUUACACGCCUGUAAAGCAAAAAAAAGGGCCUUGUAAAUUUAGGGCAUUCAAUAUUUCAAACCACACGAAUCGAUUUGCAUUAUUGCGAUUAUUCAAGAGCAUUUUGCGGAGUGUUACACGAAGGGCUUGCCGAUUGUUUUGUAUGAUGUGUGACUUAACAUCUAUUUAUUUCUACUCAUUACUCGUGUAUAUUUAGAAGCUAGGCUUUUCGACUCGGUCUGUGAUCGGUAUCAGAAUUUAUCACUCUAAUCAAGAUUUCUCUCAUUUUUACAGGUGUAGGUUUUAAUGUUCUAUUCAUAAACGAACGAAUGGUUGUAUUCUUGGGUAAUAAAAGUUCACACACAAAA